AUGGUGCUGGGCAAGUACUGCUUCGAGGAGGAGGCUUUUUCUAUUGAUGUUUUCGAAGUAGCGACUCUUUUAGAGGACUGUCGACUCGUGGCCAUUAUCAAUGAAGAUUACGCCGAGUUCCUGCAGCUCUCGUCCAAGCUCAAGGGUGUAGACGAGGCGGUUGCUAGCGUACAUGCACCCAUUUUGGCGGUCCUCAAGCGUGUAGGUGAAGUGCAAGAAGCUCUGAGCGCAUUGCAAAACAAGAUCCAGACGCAAUUGAAGAUUGCAAAUGAGUUGCAACAACAGGAAAAGGACCUGCACGCAAAUUUUUGUGCAUUUGGACCAAGAAUUUUUGAACUACAUGCACGUUGCCACAAUUUAGAAAGAGAAGAAGCGUCUAGCGGUCGUUGA